AUGAAAUCCGGAAUCAAAUUUCCUGAACCGGCAAAUGUCCACAGCUGUCCAGACCAUCAGAAGGAAACAAUCAAAUUAUUCUGUAACGAUCACCAGCAGUCCUGUUCAGUGUGUAUAGGAACAAAACACAGAAAAUGCGAAAGUGUUGAUACUGUCGAAGAUGCGGCAAAGCAUAUAAAAGAAAAUGGCCAAUUUAAUGUUCUUUUGGGUGAUGUGAAGAACCUGGAGAAGACACUAAGAGAAGCAAAGAGCGAACAAGAGAAGAAUGUAGUAGAAAUGGAGAAUUCAGUGGACGAAAUCAUAGAGAAAACAGAAAGGGAAUUCAAGGAACUUGUUGAUCACCUAGAAAUACUGAAGAACAGACAUUUAGAUGAAGUAGCAGGUGCCCUGAAGAAAGGAAGGGGGAAGUUAAGUGAUUGUACAAAUAUACUUUCUGAUGGUAUACAGUGUGCAAAUUACUGUUGUCGGAAUAUAGAAAGAGCUAGAGAGACGAAGAAUGACGCUGAAAUGGUGAUGACUUAUCACAGAGUGAAAGAGAAAAUUUUGCAGCUGAAACGGUUUGAAUUCAAGAAGAAACGGCUAUUAAUAUCUGAAACGACUUCACAAGUUUUGAAAGAAUGUAGAAGUAUGGAGUAUUUCGGGAAUGUAGAAUAUUCCGAGUCUGAUCAUGAUAUCACCUACAAUGUGCAUGAGAUUGCACUAUCUUUUGUUUCUGAAUUCAACUUUGCUGGAGAAAAUUUGAACGUGCACACUGGAAAUUUUCUUUCAAAAGACACCUUUGCUGUUACAGACUACACACCUGAAGGUCAUUGUUUGAUUUAUAGCAAAGAAUGGAAAUCAGUAGAAGUCAUUGAUGGAAUGGGUUAUCCUUUUGAAGUAAUGCAAGCAGGAGAAGAAUUAUUUGUAACUGAUUAUUCAACGAAAUCUAUUGAAGUUUUUUCUGCGUAUGCUCUACAUAAACUGCGAAGUAUCAAUAUAAAUGAAACUGUGUAUGGAAUAACAAACUGCAAUGGAGCGUUUUACAUAGCGUGUGGAAAUAAAAUUAUAAAAAUUGAUAUGUCUGGUACAAAACUUCUAGAAUAUAAAAUUAAGGGCAGUGAUACUGUUCACAUAAGUGCAACAAAUGAUGGACAUCUUGUGUACAGUAACUCUUCCCUGAAUACAGUAACCGCCAUCACGGACCAGGGAGAAACUAUCUGGCAGUAUGAACAUCUCAGAAUGAAAGAACCCAGUGGACUUGAUGUAGACUCUGUCGGCAAUAUCGUUGUUGCCGCUAGAGGAAGUGACAAUAUCCACGUGUUGUCUGGCGCUGGCAGUCUCAUUAGGAUUAUCGAGGAUAUUCCACAGCCAGUGUUUAUUAAACUAAUGGAGGAAAGGAGUUUGUGUUGUGUAUGCAGUGAUUACAAAAUCCUGAAGGUGUAUAAGCUGUAG